CACACACACUGCUGCUGCAGCCAUGCCAGGAAUACCUGCUGAAUAUCUGCUGCUGCUGCAUGGGAUGUGAUGGAGAACGCUGCUACCGAUGGAAAUUGACACCAGUGACAGCGGCGGAGGAUAAUAAUGAUGGAAGGCAGAGUGAAACGUCCCCAGCCGGAGCCACAGCAUUCCUCAAUUGUUCCUGCGCUUCACAGCGUCACUCCCUGAAGGAUACGCUGACCUUGACAUACCCGGCUUGCAUGACAACCUGGCACAGACUCCACUGAAAGGUUGCCUCUCCUUGCCAAGAGCUAGAAGACAACAGGGCCAAAGCCUUGGGGGACCAGUCGUCAGCAGAAAUCCACUCUGUCUUGCUGCAGUAACAAAUGAGCUUUUAUUUGUGAAGUUAACAGUGCUAACAGCUGACUCCGUAAGGGCCAAUUACUGGCUGAAGGGAAUAAGGGGCCAAGAUGAAGGAGACGGCAGUUGUGGCUUGUUUGCUAGCCGAGCUGGCUCUGACUGCCUUUGUUCUGGCCUCGGAGGGGGCCGCUCAUUGCCCUGCAUUGUGUCGAUGUGAGAUACGACCCUGGUUCUCGCCAAGCUCUAUUUAUACAGAGGCUGCCACGGUGGACUGUAAUGACUUAGGCCUCUCAGAGCUACCGGAAAGACUCCCGUCAGAAACACAGGUACUCCUGUUACAGACAAACAAUAUCAUUAAUGUGGAGAAAACUUUGGAUUACUUGGCCAACAUCACUGAGAUCGACUUGUCUCAGAAUAACAUUUCCUCAGUGAGUGAUGUUUGUCUGGGGCCUCUUCGCCAGCUACUGUCACUCCACAUGGAGGAGAACUGGGUUCAGGAGCUUCCCGACAGCUGCCUCCCCUCCCUGCCCAACCUACAGGAAUUCUACAUCAACCACAACUUAAUCUCCUCCAUCAGCUCAAGGGCCUUCCAGGGCCUGGGCAGGCUCCUGAGGCUCCAUCUCAACUCCAAUCGACUGACGAGCAUCGACAGCCAGUGGUUUCAGCCCCUGCCCAACCUGGAGAUCCUGAUGAUUGGGGAGAACCCCAUCCUUGAGUUGUCAGACAUGAACUUUAAACCCCUGGCCAACCUUCGCAGCCUUGUGCUCGCCAGGAUGAAUUUGACAGAAAUCCCCGACAAUGCUCUGGUGGGCCUUGAAAACCUGGAAAGCAUCUCGUUUUUCGACAACCUGUUUAAUCGUGUCCCCCGAGCUGCGCUGAAAAGAGUCCAGAACCUGAAAUUCCUGGAUUUGAACAAGAAUCCCAUCGAGAGGAUCCAGAGAGGUGAUUUCAUGGACAUGAUCCAUCUCAAGGAGCUCGGCAUUAACAGCAUGCCUCAGCUGGUGUCCAUCGACAGCUUUGCCCUGAGCAACCUGCCGGAGCUGACAAAAAUCGAAGCCACCAACAAUCCCAAGCUGUCUUACAUCCACCCCAAGGCCUUCCACAAGCUCCCCAGACUGGAGACACUGAUGCUGAACAGCAACGCUCUGAGCGCGCUCCAUCGCAGCACCGUGGAGUCCCUGUCCAACCUGCGCGAGGUCAGCCUGCACAGCAACCCCAUUCGCUGCGACUGCGUCAUCCGCUGGGUCAACAUGAACACGAGCGCUGUUCGCUUCAUGGAGCCCGACUCCCUGUUCUGCGUGGAGCCGCCGGAAUACCAAGGCCAGCACGUCCGACAGGUGCACUUCCGCGAGAUGACGGAGAUCUGCCUCCCGCUGAUUUCACCUGGGAGCCUCCCGAGUCGAGUCGUGGUCAGCAAAGGGAGCUCGGUGACGCUGCACUGCCGGGCGUUCGGGGAGCCAGAGCCAGAGAUCUACUGGGUGACCCCACUGGGAGACAGGGUCCUGCCUGGCAGCGUGUCCAACAAGUACUACAUGCACCCCGAGGGAACCUUCGACAUCUACGACACCACCGAGCGUGAAGCUGGUUUGUACACCUGUGUUGCCCACAAUCUUGUCGGAGCAGACCUCAAGUCUGUGACGGUGGUGGUGGAUGGAUACUUUCCCCUGCCUGUAAACCGAUCUCUACAUGUACAUAUCACAUCUGUCCAGUCUCAUUCUGCUAUGGUGUCCUGGGAAAGUGCAGGUGGUCUGGUGUCACAAAUAAAAUGGUCUGUACUAGCAGAUGGUAGCCAUCCCCCCAUGGCGUUCACAGCCAGGCUUCCUGCUGAUGUGAAAGAGUACCAUCUCAGACAGCUGAAACCAUCCACCCACUACCGGGUUUGUGUCGAGGUCACUGCUGUGCCGCCUGAAUACAGCAGGGACUGCGUCAAUUUGACCACAAAGGAGCAGGCGCUCCCUGUGGAGAAAACAGAGAGCUGGGACAGGCUGGUGAUGACGGCUUGUGCGGUGUUUUUUAUUACGGUCGCUGUGGCUUCCUCCGUCAUCUAUACAUCGCUGUACAGCCAAGUGUUUUACAGGAAAUUGAUAGCCGACCAAGCUGAACCACUGCUGAUUCCUGGCACUCAUUCUUCUUCUUCUUCUUCUUCUCUCAUGGAGUUCGGUGUAUCUGGGGUCAAGGUGAGGGCAACAGUAAUAGACUUACCAGACAACACCGUGUAAGAAGCAUCCUUGGCUGGGGGAGCUCUGUGGAUUACAGCGAGGUGAAGAGUGAUGGACACUGGACAGUGUAAUUUAUGUGCCCUCUUUUCAUGGCGUGUCUGGACGGGACAGUUGUACUGGAACUUAGCAGGGUGCAAUCAUAGAAAUUCAUGCAUACCUACAUAACCGGCUAAAAGCAGAGACUGUUUUGUAUUUCAAACUUGUGUCAUUAUAACAAACUUUCACAGACAGAUAUAUUGAUUGUGAUCUACAUGGCUACUACUGGUCAUCCAUGCAGUGCAACCAGAGUUAAAGCACAGCACACAGGCGGCCCUGACGUCUGUCUUACCUGCUAGGGGGUUCACCUUGUCAAGAUGGCUUUAAUGUCCACAAGAAACAUCUUCUGUGCUGUGUAAUAUUAAAGGGUGCCGAGCGAGGAAUACACACAUAGAA